AUGCAUGGUGAAGUUGCAAUACCUCCAAAGCCUCCAAGAAAUGGUCCUGGUAGGGGUGUUAAUGCAGAUAGGUGGAUACGAGAUAUGGUAAUCAUGUCACUAAUGGUAGAGCAAAGGGAGGUCGUGCAAGACAACAAGAACAUAUCCGUAUUAGGGAUGAGACUGAAGAGGAAGUGGAUGAAAGACAUAUCAUUCCACCUUCAUAUUCAGUAG